CCAAAUUUUUUUUCCAUAGCUUUAUUUAUGGCUUAGUUAUGGCACUUUAUGUGUUUUCGGUUUUCGCCAUUUUGUGGGCGUGGCAGUGGUCCGAUUUUGCUCAUUUUCGAAAGCAACCUUCCUAUGGUGCCAAGAAAUAAGUGUGCCAAUUUUCAUCAAGAUAUCUUAAUUUUUACUCAAGUUACAGCUUGCAAGGCGGAUCGCCCUGAUCACAUUGGUAUAUAUAGCCCUAUAUCUAACUCGUUUAGUUUUGGGUGUUAGAAACAACCGUUAUGUGAACAAAACUAUAAUACUCUCUUUAGCAACAUUUGUUGCGAGAGUAUAACAAGUAAGGAAGGACGUUUUACGCUCUCGCAGUUUGUUUAUUUAAUUGUAUUAAUAUAACAAACAAUUUGACUCACAUAUUCGACAUAUAUAUGGUAUAAAGUCCAUUGAAGGUUUGAAAACCCUAAUAUUAAGUAUAUAUGAGAUAGCUGAAGUUAUGAAGCUUUUUACAGCGAAAUGAGUCGAGUCGCCCAUUUAAAAUUUUAUUUCCAUUUGGAGUGCAUCACUUCUGUACCAUCUUUAUAAUGGAAUUUAAGGGUUCUGGUGGUUUUCCUUACUGAAUUAAAGCAUUUUUAGAAGUUUUCAACAUAACCUUUGUAUGGGAGGAGGGCGUGGUUAUAAUCCGAUUUCCUCCAUUUUUGGACUGUAUAAGGUAGUACCUAAAAGAUUCCUGAGAAUUUGAUUGAUAUACGGACUGACAGACAUCCGGAUUUGAACUCCACUCUUCACCCUGAUCACUCUGGUUUAUAUAAACCUAUAUCUAACUCGUUUAGUUUUGGGUGUUACAAACAACCGUUAUGUGAACAAACUUCGUUGUGAGAUUGUAAAAAUAAUUUUUAUCGGUGUGUAAUAAAAAAGCUUCGAUUAAGCACUAGAAAAUAUGGUACAGAAGCCUGUGUAAAACUUUAAGACUAAUCGUUGCAGCCAUUGAAUCUUAAUCACCCACUUUCCGACACUGUUUUUUGACGUCGUUACAAUUAUGCGUGUAACUUCAGAAAUAACUCUCAAUAACACCUAACGCUAAAGAGUUUUGAACCUAUCACAAACCUGCUAAGGCAGGUUUUCGAUUUCAGGACGAAGGCAUAUGCAAAGUCUAGAGAGUCAAGUCGGAGAUCCUAAAUUUCCAAUAUUAGUACGAAUAAAUUUGUGUUUAUGAGAACAUCCCAGAAUGGCUUAUCACAACUCGAAUGGUGGUGCUAUUGGUGGCAAUAGCGCAGCUGGCGGCAGUUUACGCGGUAUUGCUGGUGAAAUGGGCUCCAGUGAAUAUUCCGGUGAUGAACGGGACUCUCGGAGUGGUGAAGAUCAUCCUGAAAAUGAUUUGAAUAAUAAGCCCAUAUAUCUGCUCGAACAUUUGGCAACUUUUACGGUAAAUAAAGAAUCCGGCAUUGUCUACCCUGCAGACGGCAUGCGCCGGCUGUUACAGUUAGAAAAAACCACAGGCAUAUGGUCGCAGAAAAUGCAAUUAUGUUUAGAUUACCAAUGGGUGCUCAUAAUGGAUUAUGAAACCGGAAAUAUUAUUGAAAGAUUUCCAGCAUCUCUUAUACAAGAACCAACUGCAUUUACGUCAACUGAUGCCAUGGAAUUAUAUAACAAUAUAUUAGUAUUUAUAGUGUCUGGCGGCAGUGGCUCACGUUCAGAAAUGCAUAUUUUUCAGUCACAAAGUGUAUCUGCCGUGCAUUUGGUUGAAGAUUUAAAGAGUCUAAGAAAUGGCAAAAUGGUGAUACAACAGCGUGAGGGUUUAUUGCAUCAACAGCAAUCAAACCAAGCAAGCCCAAAAAGCGGUACCACUGGUUUAGCUAAGUCAUUACCGACAUCCUCCAGUCAACACAGCCGCAUUGAGCAACAAAUACAGCAUCUACAUAAUGGUGGUGUUAUUACACCAUCGCGCACUAGUAUAGAUCAAUAUGGUUUACACGUCCGCAGUCCUAUGUUAGAAAGUAGUCAAACGGGUGUUGUAGUUGGAGCUGGCAACGGAAAUGCUGAAACAGAUUCCGAACAAGGCGGGUUAAAUGACGAAACUAGUUCAACGUCCAGCGAAAAAUAUGAGCGUGAUGUAACUGUGUUGAACCACUGCUUUGAUGACAUUGAAAAAUUUAUCGCACGGCUGCAACAUGCAGCUGCGGCAUCACGUGAACUGGAACGUCGACGCCGUAACAGAAAAACAAAAAAGAAAGAUCCCGGCGAGGGCCUAUUAACGUUGCGUACGCGACCGCCACAUGAAAAAGAGUUUAUCGACAUUUUCGCCAAAUUUAAACUUUCAUUUAACUUGCUGGCCAAGCUGAAAGCACAUAUUCACGAUCCAAAUGCACCCGAACUGGUACACUUCUUAUUUACGCCGUUGGCACUAAUUGUCGAGGCUUCCAGUGACACUUAUUAUGAGUCCCAGUUACCAACACGAGUGAUAAAUCCAUUACUUACACGAGAAGCCAUAAAUCUUUUAAUUAACUGCGUUACAAGUAAAGAAACCGAACUCUGGCGCUCUCUUGGUGAUGCUUGGAUUAUACCACGCGAUCAGUGGAAAAAUGAUGUGGGCUCAUACCAUCCCGUAUUCAUGGAUGGUUGGUCGCCGGACUAUUUAGUAAUCGAUGAAUUGGAAACUCUUAGCACGCCUACAAACAUUAGCAAACGUCGCUUAGAUGUUCAAUCACAUUUGCAUGCUGGUCAUACCAGCUAUGGUGGUGCGAAUGGCCGCUUAAUUAGCGGUAAUAGUAAUUACAGCAAUACAGCUUUACACAUGGGACAACCCGAAGAAUACGAAACAAGUGUGGUAAGUGAGAAAUAUUCUGGUCAUUAUGAACGCGGUGGUGAACGAAUCAUGGCGACUGGUGGUUUGAGUGGAGCCGCGGAUGGUGGGCCUGCUGAUUUUAGCAUACGCAGUGAGAUUUCAAUUGAUUCAAUUGAACGAAGCGGUGGAGGACUGCAUGGUUUGCAAGUUAAUAAUAGCACUGCAUCUGGUAUUCAAGCAAUAUCGACAGGAAUACAACAGUUGCAUGCACGCGACUCCAAAAGUGCCACAGGCGGGCGCAAUAAUAACAUAGCUGCCGAAUUCUCUGGUCGCGACAAUACUACCAAUGACGAACAAAUGUUAGAGGCGUGGCUGGAUGACUUACAAGCAUCAAAUGCUAAAAUUGUCCUAGUCACGUAUCCCCGUACAGCCAACAACGAUAAAGAGCUAAGUGUAGUUCGUGGAGAAUAUUUGGAGAUUUUGGAUGAUACUCGAAAAUGGUGGAAGGCUCGCAACAUACGAGGUCAAGUGGCACAUGUUCCACAUACAAUUGUAACUCCAUAUAUCUACGGUGAAGAGUCUACGAGCAAUCAGCUCUAUGGGCAACAGCAGACACCGUCGUCUCAUCUGCAAGGAAACAAUAAUUACACACAACCGAGGCAGGCGGCAAAUACCAAUCUCAGUGAUAAUAUCGAAGCAAGCCGUUCACAUGACACUACCGACUGGAUACGAAACAAGCAUCUGGCGAAGGCCGGCGAAAACUCUGCUCAUCAACAGCCGACACAACAGUUUAAGCAGCAAUCUGUUAAAAAUAAAGACAAUUCACUAUCAAAACAGCUACAGCAACAACAUCAAUCAGACAACGAAUAUAUAUAUUGUCAGCCAUACAUAAUUAUUCCGCCGCUAAAUAAAAAUUCUCUGGUAGAAGAAAAACAUGAUUAUAAUGUGAAACACAGACACGUUGCCGCGUCACAAUCAAAUUCUGCAUUGAUUAAUGUGCCGGCAGCACCGCCGUUAGUUUUAUCUACCACUACUAGUUCUAAUAACUGUAAACCUAAACAAAACAAUAUUUACAAUUCUGUUAACAAACCACGGAAAACUUUUCCCGACGUAAUUAACUCUGCACAAAAUGAGCAAACUAAUAAUAUUAGCAAUUCUGAAGGAGUUGGCAGCUGCAUGUAUGGACAAAUAAACGACACCAACAGAGGCAAAAGUAGUGAACUCAGUACAUCUAAUGGUUCGAUACAAGACGAGUUACGCCAAGUCCUGCGAAUGCGUGAGAAGCGCAAUGACUUAGAAAUACAUAAGACGUUGCCGAUUUACAUCGAUCAGUGGUCUAAUAAUAGUGACGUGUUUAACUGGCUAAAUGCAAAAGAGUUCUCCGCGGAUGUUGUGAAACGAUUUGCUGAAUAUAAUGGUGAACAAUUGUUUGCUGUACGGGUUGAAACAUUGAUACAACUAUGUGGUGUGAAAGAAGGGCGGCGACUGUCAUCACAGUUAAACCUGCAAAAAAGCGUAUCUGGUUACAAGACAGCACGUUCAUCAGAGUUACAAAAAGUUCUGGCUCGUGCACGUCCCAAAUAUGAAGUGUGUGAAGACUAAAAACGCUUGUGCAUUGUGCCUUAAAAACUGUCUGACAGAAAAGCGCGAAUCAAAGAAAAACCCCAUAGGGCUUAUGUGGAAUUUAUUAUUACCACGAAAUGUGCCUUUCUAAUCCGAAUUAAGCAGGAAUGCUCAUAUUUUUGACAGCAGAGUAAAAUGCAUAUCACUUUUUGUUUUCGGAAAGCCCAUUAGUGAUUCCUAGUAUACAAUUUAUAUAAUUGGGUAUUUCACCCAUACAUUUUGAACUCAAAAUAAAGUAUCUAAUACGUUCGAUUUA